UGUUAAUGCUGUACUGGCGACUGAUGUUAUUGUGCUCUUGAUCUUGAAGCUGGACGCUUCCGUCAAUGACAAAAUACACAACCACAUACUCAUAUACAUGUGGGUACAUUUAUGCGUUUGUGCUUGUCGUCACCAACAUGUUUUGCCGUUCUGCAAUUUCGCUGUCUGAAAUCGAUAGCAGUACGCAUGCGUGCGCGCAUCCAUGUUGUUUAAGUAUAAAAAGCUUUGCGCGCACUUCAAUUGCAACUUAGUACUCAACUAACUGAACUGAGCAAAUCAUUACUAGAACUUUGCACGUAACAUUUAGGAAUUUAAAUAACAAAAUGGCUGGUUAUCUCCUGAAAAUCGCACUCAUCUGCACUCUUGUCGCCGUACUGUAUGCCGCACCUGCGCCAAAACCUGCUGGUGCUCAAGCGCGGACUUUCGGCGAUUUGGGUCUGGGCGCUGGGUUUGGUCUAGGUCUUGGUGGUUACGGUGGUUAUGGCGGUUAUGGUGGUCACGGUGGAUAUGGUGGUUACCCCGGUUACUAUGGCGGUUAUCCAGGUUAUGGUGGUUAUCAUGGCCGACCAAGCUUCGGUGGCGGCUAUUAUCCCGGUUAUGGUGGCGGUUAUGGCGGCUAUGGCAAUUAUGGUGGUUCCUACAGCCAAUCACAGAGUCAGUCGCAUAGUCAAAGUGGCUACUACAAUGGUGGCUAUGGUGGAUACGGAAAUGGAUUCUUUGGCUAAUAUGCUAAAGUUCUAAGGUCUAAGUCUAGUGAUAAGUUGUUUUAAAUUAUAUUUUUUAUAAAAAAAAAAAAUAAAUAACGUAUGUAAGCGUGUUUCGUGUGCAUAAAUAUCAUAUUUUCAUCUUGUUGGUUGUGUAGGCAGAGUCCAGAGUCUUCGCUCGUUGAGUAGUUUAACUCUCUUAUUUGUUUGACACGCCAUUCUAGGUUUCUUAUCUACGUCUGAUAUGCAAAAGAACCGACCCAUUCUUUGUUUCCUUAUACUUUGGUUGUAGGACACUCUCUACAAAAAACUAAUGGUCUAUUAUUGUAGCUAUAAGUCUCAAUUGAGACCUGUUUCAUUGGUCGAUUAUAUUAUUUUGCAAUAUCUGGGAAAUUUGUUCACUUGUCCUAUAUUUGUAUAUAGACCUCCUUUGUUUUGAACUAGUUUGUCAAGUUGCAGACUAUUUAUAUCGGACAUUGUAAAGGGAUAGGGACAGCAAAAGACACCGUCUUUUUUCUCGCUCUUUUGACAUUUUUCUUCAGUAAGGUUUGCCAUUUCAUCAUGGAAAGAUAUGCGAUCCAACAACGAGUCGAAAUUAUUAAAAUUUACUACCGAGUCAGUGGCCUCAACUUUAAGAGCGCUACUUCCAAUUUAUGGUCGGUUCAUUUCUGGUUGAAUGGCUUCUUCAAUAAGGAAAAAAUGUUUUAUUGGUCAGACAGUACUUCACAUAUACUCCAUGAGUCACCGUUGCACCCAGAAAAAAUUACCGGAUGGUCCAGUUUAUGGGCCGGCGGCGUCAUUGCGCCGUACUUCUUCCGUGAUGAUCAAGACCGGCACGUUACUGUGAAUUGCAAUCGCUACCGCUCAAUGUUGAUAUGAACUUGGACAACACAGCAGUAUGCAUGUCGAUUUAUGGAAAACCGAGUUAUCUCACGAAAUGGCCCGUCAAUUGGUCGCCUCGGUGAUGCGAUUUGACGCCGUUGGACUAUUUCCUGUAGGGCUACGUCAAGUCUAUGGUCUGUGCCAACAAGCCUGCGACGAUUGAUGAACUUCGAACGAAUAUCAAACGUGUAAAUGCAGCAGUAUCGGCCGAUUUAUGCUUCAAAACGGUCGAAAAUUGGGUACAGCGUCUGGAAUUCUGCAGGCGUACCCGUGUUGCUCUUCCAAAAGAAAUCGAAUUCCAUACAUAAUAGCAUCGAAUGUAUUUACACAGGAAUAAAGAAUUUAAUUGAUAACCGUAAUGUUUUUAUUGAAAACCCUUUAUAAUUUCUACAGCGGACCAAUGUUCCGGUUUUGGCGAUCUAGAUAACUCAUCCAAUAUCAUAUAUGUACAUACACUUAUGUAUGUAUGUUUCAUUGCCGGAAUUGCAGAUAGUGGAGAUUUAUAUUGUACGCGCACAAGAGAAUGUUAUAGUAUUUUUCUUUCAAAUUAUUAAAAUUGCUAAUGAAAAGAUUGUUUUCAUCUUUCAAUUUCAUCUUUCAUUUGUGGAAAAUCAUCAUGAAAUCUACGAGAAGUUGUAAUGCGCUAAAGCUUUGUUGUGGUAUCUGUAUUCAAAAACUUUCAACAUAGUGCUAAAUAUUCGAAAGCUUUAUUUCAGUAGAUGAAAAAGCUUGACAGAGCUUUUGAAAUUAACAGAAAGGGUGAUGCAUAUAAACUAAAUUGUUAGAAGAAAGUUUGUAAAUUUUGAAAUGCAACUGUUAAUUUAUUAACCUUUACUAAAAAUAAAAUAAAUGUCAUCUAAAUCUCCAUAAAGUAUUUUUUUUUGCUUUUAGAGUUUUUUGGUGCUAUCUUAGUCCCUAGACGCCGUAACAAAGUUCAUCAAAUUUAUAAAUAAAUUUGUCUCGAGUAUAGCCUCAUAGGUCCGAAUGAAAAAUUAGACGUCUACUCAAAAAAAAGUUUUGUUCUUUUUGGGUAGGAUGGGUAUUGAUAUAAAUUAAUAAAAUGUCGUAGAGACUACAAGUAUCGUUUUAGUAGUUGAACAGAACACUUUUUAGGCCAGAGAAGACACGAAUUCCUGAAUUCAGGUCCUAUGUCUACUAUAAAUAAUACACCAGAAGUAUGAUCUAAUGUUUUGCUGAUCUUACAUAUUAAUUGUAAAAUUAUUCCCUCAUUGGAACCGUAUUCUGUACCGCAUCGAGCCUUGCGAUCCAAUAAAAGAUUCUUCAUAACAUUUUUCGUAUACUGCCGAUA